UUGCUCUGCUCGCGAUUCCCUGGACAAGAUGUACGAGCGCCACAGGAGGCGAUACAGCCUGUGUGACAUUUCCAAGGUGGACAGGACUGUAGAUGUUGUGUUGUUAAAGAUUAACCGGGAGAGCUGGUGUUCGUUAGAGCCAUGCCCGGAUUCCUCCCUGCUGGAGCCCAGGAGGGCCCGCGAGUCUCCAGAAUGUGAAAGCUUCCUGGAGGAUGGGCUGAGCAGCGUCUGUGCCUCAGCACAAGGAGUCCUUAAAAGAGAGUCCGGGAGCGAGUCUGAGCUCUUUCCCUUGCCUGGUGAUGGGAUGGAAGACAUCGUCUUUGGAAAGCAUCCCGAAGAGGAGCAGUCGGUGUGCGAUGUCACCAGCUCCAGCUCCUCUGCCGACGACACCAUGUCCUUGGAAAGGAACUCCUCCCUGGGCAGCGACACCUCCCUGCCCUUCCCACCGCCGCUGAACUUCAUCAGGCCCAAGGACAGGUACAGUCUGGACGGAAGCUGCCUUAACAUGGUGGCCACGGAGGGAAGAGAGGGGGAAGGCGCUGGCUCGGGCGAGACGGAAGAAGAGCUGGACAGCAUAACAGACGUGCCCACGCAUCCCUCCGUCCUGAGAACCUCCAUGCGGCCGCUGUCCCCUUUCCGGCGCCACAGCUGGGGGCCAGGCAAGAACGCCACCAACGAAGCAGAAAUAAACCAGAGGAGUUACAGCCUAGAAGGCCUUACUGGGGACCCUGGUGAGAAMAAGAAGCCCUCAGCAAGCUUGGAGACGUCUUCUCUGAGCUCCAAAGAUCUCCGACGAAGUCCGCUGGCCAGCGAUGAAUGCGGCUCCCUGGUGUCUCUCACUGAAGAACUGGAGCAGGGAGAAGUCAGAGACUAUGAUCACCAGAUGAAUCAAAGAUCACAGCCACAAGGAUUUAAUUUCUGUGCUUCUGCUGUUUCUUCUCCACUGACCAAAUCUUUGUCUCUAAUGGCAAUUAGUAAACCAGUGCUGGACACUACGCGGCAGUUCAGCGGCCCCAGCAACUCUUCAUUUCAAAGCAUAUCUGAAGAGAACACCAGUGUCCCCUCUAGCAAAAGUGGAACAAAAGUCAGUCGCACCUUCAGCUACCUCAGGAAUAAAAUGUCCAGCAGCAAGAAGAGCAAAGAAAAGGAGAAAGAGAAGGAGAAGACUAAAGAGAAAGACAAGGAGUCCAAGGAGAAGGAAAAAGACAAGAAGCUGCUGAACGGACAUCUCUUCACUGCAACCUCUGUUGUAGCCCAAGCAACCUGUUACCACUGUAUGAAACCUUUCAAUAAGGAUUCGUACUACUGUGCAAACUGCAAUGCAAUUGUUCACAAAGGCUGUAAGGAGAGUUUUGCCUCCUGUGCAAAGGUCAAAAUGAAGCCACAAAAAGGGAUGCUGCAGGCACAUGAUACCUCUUCAUUACCCACAGUAACCAUGAGAAACAAAAGCUCCCAGCCCAAGGAGCGCCCGCGCUCUGCCAUACUCGCUCCUGAUGAAAGCACCGUGACCUCCAUAUUCAAUAACAGGAGGUCACAGCAGCCUGCAGCACUUUCCAAGAGUGUCUCCAUACAGAACAUUGCAGGAGUAGGCAAUGAUGACAACCUAAUACAUACUUGGAAAUUCCUCUCACAGUCCACAGACUCUUUACAUAAAAUCAGCCGGGUGAAUGAAUCGAUGGAGUCGCUGAUCGAUGAGGGUGCAGACAUGAACGAAGGACAGCUGAUGGGAGACUUGGAACUAGAUUCGAAGCAGCUGGAGGCAGAGUCUUGGAGCCAGGUAGUGGACAGCAAGUUCCUACGACAGCAGAAGAAAGAUGUUGUCAAACGGCAGGACGUCAUUUAUGAGCUAAUGCAGACAGAGAUGCAUCAUGUCCGCACCCUGAAGAUCAUGAAUGAUGUGUACAGUGCAGGGAUGAUAAAGGAGCUGCAGUAUGAUCAACACGUAGUGGACAAGAUCUUCCCCUGCUUGGAAAACUUGCUGCACAUCCACAGUCAGUUCUUCCAGCGGAUYCUGGAAAGGAAGAGGGAGUCAUUGGCAGACAAAAGUGAGAAGAACUUUGUCAUCAGGAGGAUAGGUGACAUCCUGGUGAAUCAGUUCUCCGCUGAGAAUGCCGAGCGAAUGAAGAAAACAUACGGCAAGUUCUGCGGGCAUCACAAUGAGGCUGUGAAUUACUUCAAGGAUCUGUACUCAAAGGAUAAGCGGUUUCAGGCAUUUGUCAAGAAAAGAAUGAGCAGUUCGGUGGUGAGACGCCUUGGGAUUCCUGAAUGCAUCUUGUUGGUGACACAGAGAAUCACCAAGUAUCCGGUCUUGUUACAAAGGAUACUGCAAUACACCAAAGAAAAUGAAGUGGAACAUCAAGACUUGACUCAGUCAUUAAACCUGGUUAAGGAUGUGAUUGCUGCGGUCGAUAGCAAAGUCAGCAAUUACGAGAAGAAAAUGCGCCUUGAUGAGAUUUACACCCGGACAGAUAGCAAGUCCAUCAUGAGGAUGAAGAGUGGCCAGAUGUUUGCAAAAGAGGAUUUGCGGCAUCGAAAGCUCAUCCGAGAUGGGCCUGUUUCACUGAAAAAUGCAGCUGGACGAUUGAAAGAAGUCCAGGCUGUUCUCCUCUCUGAUAUGCUCGUGUUCCUUCAGGAGAAGGACCAGAAGUAUGUCUUUGCCUCACUGGACCAGAAAUCCACUGUGAUCUCCCUGAAGAAGCUGAUUGUACGAGAAGUGGCUCAUGAAGAGAAGGGUUUGUUCCUGAUCAGCGUGGGUACCAAAGAUCCCGAGAUGGUGGAAGUCCAUGCCAGCUCCAAAGAAGAGCGUAGCAGCUGGAUACAGAUCAUUCAAGAUACAAUUGACACCAUGGAUAAGGAUGAAGAUGAAGGAGUCCCUAGUGAAUCUGAGUUGGAAAAGAGAGUGUCAGACACAAAAGUGAGAGAAUUGAAAGAACAACUUCACCAGAAGGACAAGCAGAUCCUCAUCUUGCUGGAGGAAAAGGAGAAGAUCUUCAGGGACAUGGCAGACUGCUCUGUGCAGGAGGACCUGCCAGGCUCCAGAGUGCUCUUCAGAGCAAACACGGAGGAGGCACCGAAAGGAGAGGCCAUUAUGAAAAGUGCAAUAAAUGAAGUUGAACUGCUGCAAGGCCUGGUGAGCAGGAGCCUUGGCUGUGUCCUUGGGCAGCAGGUCAUGGAACAAGAAGGAGGCGUUGGCCCCAUCUCUCUCCCUAGACGGGCAGAAACUUUUGGAGGAUUUGACAGUCAUCAGAUGAACGCCUCCAAGGGUGGAGAUAAGGAGGAAGGUGAUGAUGCUCAGGACCUUCGGAGAACAGAAUCGGACAGCAUUUUAAAGAAGGGUGGAAAUGCUAAUCUUAUGUUCAUGUUGAAAAGGAAUAAUGAGCAGGUUCUCCAAAGCAUCACCAACCUCCAUAAGCUGCUCAGUGCUUUGCAGGCUGUGGUGCUGCAGCAGGACACCUUCAUYGAGGACCAGAAGCUGGCGCUGAGCGAGCGAGCGCUGACCCGAAGCCUCUCCCGGCCCAACUCCUUGAUCGAGCAGGAGAAGCAGCGCAACCUGGAGAAGCAGCGCCAGGAGCUGGCCAACCUGCAGAAGCAGCAGGCGCAGCACCAGGAGGAGAAGCGGAGGAGGGAGAAGGAGUGGGAAGCUCGGGAGAAGGAGCUGACAGAGCAGGAGGCCCACCUGGCCCAGCGAGAGAAGCAGGUCCAGAGAGGGAGUCAGGAUCUCGAACGGGAGCGGGAGGAGCUGCAGGUGAAGAAAGCUUCCUACCAGCUCGACUUGGAGCGGCUCCGUACGGCACAGAAACAGCUGGAGAGGGAAAAGGAGCAGCUCAAGAGAGACAUGGAGCGAUUACCUCAAACGCAGUUGGAGCCUGACCACAACCAGGUUUCCACUCUACAUGACAAGCUUGCAAGAAUCCCCUCCCUGCCCAGCACCGAGGAUUCCUCCAAGCAGAAGAGCCCUCCCCUUCCCAAACAGGGGCACUUUGAUGCAGAACUGUCUGUGUCUCCUAAAAGGAAUAGUCUUUCAAGGACACACAAAGAGAAAAGCACUUUCCAUUUGCUUAGCACAACAAACCAGACUAACAAGGCGGCUGAAGGACAGCCCCAGAUGCCCACCCGCCUCUUCAGUUUAGCCAAACCAAAGGAGAAAAAAGAAAAGAAGAAAAAGGGCAAAGGACAUCGCUCCCAACCAUCUGACUCCCAGUCGUCAGAAGCACCACCGGAGGGCGAGGAGAUCUUCUGCUGAGCGCCCCACGGGUCUCCAGGACUGCAUCUCACCUGCACCACGCUGCGGCCGGACCGCACGGCGCCUCCUCUGCACGUCGAUCCUGCUCAGCUUUGGUACAGAGGACAUCUCCCCGCGCCCUUCUGGUGCCUACAGCCGACAAGCCACCGGGGGGGGGUUAAAUAAAACGUGUUGUAAAGGUCUGUACGUGGUGGGAAAAGGCCUCUCUCCUUUGGUUUCUGCAUGAAUUCUGUCUGUGGAGGCUGACGGCGCCGCAGAGAGCAGCGCCUUUCUGUGCAAACCUUGACUGAACACAGCUGGGAUCAGAGAACGUAGCCUUAAGGGGUCUGUGCCUUCAAAUUCCCCUUUUCUGGGGGAACGUAACCAAAAACAAGCCUUUAGCAAAAGAUUAGGACUCUACAAAUGGUGCGUACACACUGGCAUAUAUAGAUAUACUGUAUAUAUACAUAUAUGUAUCUAUGUAUCCCCUGGGAUCUGCCUACAGUCUGUACAGCCAAGCUUAGCUCGGCCAGUGGGGAUAGAUGAUACCUGAUGACUUUCAGGGAGCGCAUAGAUAUUAAAUAUCUUGCCCUUGCUACUCAGAUUGUAACUCCACUGACUCGCACACCCCUUUUGU